AAACAAAAUGGAAAAAUCAGAUGUGUGUCAUGAAAGAGAUUUAUCAUCCAUAUUUGCAUCACUAGAGGAAAAUACUGUAAAGUUCCUGAAGGAUGAGCUGAAGAAGUUCACACAGUAUCUAGGCCAGAAUUGCCCAGAAUGCUCCGAGUCUCUGCUGGAUGAGGACAAUGACCUGGACAGUGAUGAUCAGAUGCAGAAGAUCUGUGGUAGAGAGGGAGCUUUGAAGAUCACACUGUACAUCCUGAGGACCAUGAAUCAAAAUGAUCUUGCUGAAAGAUUGGAGAAGAGGGAACUCCUGUUACAAUGCCAGCAGAGAAUAAAAUGUAACCUGAAGAAGAAAUUUGAGUGUGUAUUUGAAGGGAAAGCUAAGGAAGGACACCCAGCACUACUUAAUGAGAUUUAUACAGAACUCUAUUUAACUGAAGGUGGAACUCGAGGAGACAGAGAUGAACAUGAAGUGAGACAGAUUGAAACAGCAUCCAAGAAAAGGGUGACAGGUGAUACUACAAUCAAGUGCAAUGACAUUUUCAAACCAUUAAGUGGCCAUGGAACACCUAUUAGAACUGUCCUUACAAAAGGUGUUGCAGGUAUUGGGAAAACAGUUUCCAUGAAGAAAUUUAUUCUUGACUGGGCGGAUGGAAAAGCAAACCAGGAUAUACACUUCAUAUUUGCUCUUCCGUUCCGGGACCUGAAUUUAAUUAAGGAUGAAUACAGUCUGAUUGAACUGCUUCAUCACUUUGUACCAGAGAUGAAAUCAUUCAAUUUGACUGAGCUGUGUAACUACAAAGUCUUGUUUGUCUUUGAUGGCCUGGAUGAGUGUCGCCUUCUUCUAGAUUUUCGUAACAAUGAGAGCUGGUGUGAUGUAACAAAGAAAACAUCACUGGAUGUGUUGCUGACUAAUCUCAUUAAGGGGAAUCUGCUUCCAUCUGCUCUACUCUGGAUCACCUCCCGGCCAGCAGCAGCCAAUCAGAUACCUCCUGAGUGUGUCCACAAGGUGACAGAGAUACGAGGAUUCGAUGAUGCCCAGAAGGAGGAGUAUUUCAGGAAGAGAUUUAAUGAUCAGAGCCUGGCUAGCAGGAUUAUCACACAUGUGAAAUCAUCAAGGAGCCUCUUCAUCAUGUGUCACAUACCUGUGUUCUGCUGGAUUUCUGCCACUGUUCUUGAGAGACUUUUUAGUGAAACUGACAGUGGAGAAAUUCCAAGGACUCUGACUGAAAUGUACACACACUUCCUGAUAUUUCAGACAAGUUUAAAAGAUAAGUAUGUGAAAAAUCAAGAAAUGGAACAAAGUGUAUGCUUAAAACAUAAUGAAAAAUUCCUUCUUAAACUUGGUAAGCUAGCUUUUCAGAAUCUUGAAAAAUGCAAUCUCAUAUUUUAUGAGGAGGAUUUUGAAAAGUGCAGCAUUGAUGUCAAUGAAGCUUUAGUUUACUCAGGAGUGUGCACAGAAGUCUAUAAAGAAGAGUCUGGGUUGUAUCAUGAGAAGAUGUACAGCUUUGUACAUCUCAGCAUUCAGGAGUAUCUUGCUGCUUUAUACAUGUUUCUAUCAAACACAUCAGCUGGUUUGUUGAAGACUGCAGUGGAUCAAGCAUUAAAGAGCAAGAAUGGACACUUAGACCUCUACCUCUGUUUCCUCCUCGGCCUUUCAAUAGAUUCCAAUAAGACUUUGUUAAAAAGGCUACUGCCACAGAAAAGAACCAAAUCACAUAACAUUAAGGAAACAGCCCAAUACAUCAAGGAGAAAAUACAGCAGAAUUUAUCUCCAGAAAGAACCAUCAACCUGUUCCACUGUCUGAAUGAACUAAAUGACAAAUCUCUGGUAGAGGAGGUACAAAGUUACCUGAAUUCAGGAAGUCUUACAGCUGAAGACCUCUCACCUGCCCAGUGGUCAGCUCUGGCCUUUGUGUUACUGAUGUCAGAUAAAGAGCAGGAUGUGUUUGAUCUGAAGAAAUACAUCAGAUCAGAUGAAGGACUUCAGAGGCUGCUGCCUGUGGUCAAGAAAUCUAGGACAGUUCUGGUGAACAGCUGCUGUCUCACAAAUAAAGGCUUUGAAGUGUUGGCUUCAGCUCUCAGGUCAGACUCCUCACAACUGAGAGAGCUGGACCUGAGUGACAAUGACCUGCAGGAUUCAGGGGUGGAUCUGCUCUCUGCUGGACUGGGGGAGUCGCACUGUAAACUGGAGGUACUGAGACUAUUAGACUGUGGAGUCACCGAGAGAGGCUGUUCUUCCCUGAAUUCGGCUCUGAGGUCAAACCCAUCACACCUGAGAGAGCUGGAUCUGAGCUACAAUCACCCAGGAGACUCAGGAGUGAAGCUGCUCUCUGCUCUACUGCAGGAUCCCAACUGUAAACUGGAGAAGCUGAAGGUGAACCAGUGUGAACUUACAGAGACAUGCUGUGAAGCGUUGGCUUCAGCUCUCAGAUCAAACUCCUCACACCUGAGAGAGCUGGACCUGAGUGGCAAUAACCUGCAGGAUUCAGGAGUAGAUCUGCUGUGUGGUGGACUGGGGGAUUUACAAUGCAAACUAGAGAUACUGAGAUUGUCAAGCUGCAGAGUCACAGACAAAGGCUGUUCUUCCCUGGCUUCAGCUUUGGGGUUAAAUCCCUCACACCUAAGAGAGCUGGAUUUGAGCUACAAUUACCCAGGAAAACUGGGAGUGAAGCUUCUCUCUGCUGUACUGGUGGAUCCAAGAUGUAAACUGGAGAAACUGAAGUUGAACUGGUGUCAACUCAAAAAGACAUGCUGUGAAGUGUUGGCCUCAAGUCUCAGAUCAAACUUAUCAAAACUGAGAGAGCUGGACCUAAGUGACAAUGAUCUGCAGGAUUCAGGAGUAGAUCUGCUGUGUGGUGGAUUAGGGGAUUCACAAUGCAAACUAGAGAUAUUGAGACUGUCAGGCUGUAGAGUCACAGAUAGAGGCUGUUUUUUCCUGGCUUCAGCUCUGAGAUCAAACCCCUUAUACCUGAGAGAGCUGGAUCUGAGCUACAAUCACCCAGGAGUCUCAGGAACAGAGCUGCUCUCUGCUGUACUGGAUGAUCCUGACUGCAAACUGGAGAAACUGAAUGUGGAGCAUGUUUGGCAUUGCAGAAUCAGACCAGGGCUCCUGAAAUACUCCUGUCAGCUGACACUGGACCCCAACACGGCAAGUGGAUUGAUGUCUCUUUCAGAGGGGAACAGGAAGGUGACACACGUGAGCGUGGAGCAGCCAUGUCCUGAUUAUCCAAAGAAAUCUAAUUACUGGAACCAGGUUCUCAGUAGAGAGAGUCUGAUUGGUCGCUGUUACUGGGAAGUUGAGUGGAAUGGCAAUGGAGCAAAUAUUGGAGUGACUUAUAAAGGAAUCAGAAUGAAAGGUGAUAAAUGCAAGAUUGGUUUCAAAGACAAGUCAUGGAGUCUGUUCUGCUCUACUGACAGUUUCUCAGUCUGUCACAAUAAUAAAGAGACUGUCAUACCCAUACAGCCCUCAGGUUCCCACAGAGUAGGAGUAUAUCUAGACUGGGAGGCUGGUACUCUGUCCUUCUACAGUGUCUCCUCUGAUGGACUGACCUUCCUGUACAGGUUCACCACCUCUUUCACUGAACCCCUCUAUCCAGCAUUUUGGAUUGUCUCAGGGUCCUCAGUGUCUCUGUGCAUGCUGGGAUAGCUCACUAUGUUGGAGGAAUCAUAUUUGUCUUUAGCCAAGAUUUGUAGGUCUAAUGUGAAGAAAAGUGUUAAUCCGAGUGAAGCUUCUAGUUGGGUCCUGUAUUUAUACGGGUGGUUCUGGUUCCUAUUCUUGUCCUACCUGUUCUCAUUAGUGGUGAUGUUUUGUGUCUCCAGUGUGUUGUUGCUGCCUCUGUUCAUGCAAUUAGCCCUCCCUUGUUUCCAAGAGUUCUUAAAAUAGGCUCAUUGCAGAACUGAAUAGUAUACGCACUUAUGGAAGAUAGAUAAAUUUGCUAUAAAAUGCUGUUUUUGUCUCUGUAUUGCUAAUUAACAUGUAUCAGUCCCUCUUCCAUGGUUUAAAUUGAAAUUUUGUUUUAUAUGUAAAAUACUGUACAACACUGGGGGUUAAUCUGGCCGAAGGGUCUGGUUUCUUCCUUUCCUUCCUAGUCUCCUGUAUUUAUGUGAGCAGAUUGGUAGCCUGUUCAUAUCCUGCCUGUAGCUGCUAGAAGUGGACACUCGGUGUCCUGUAUCUAUCACUAUGCGGGAUGGACAGUUGGACAUAAGAGUGGGUUUUAGGGAAGGGAUAAUGAGACUGGAGGCCAAGAAGAGUGACCAUCAAGCAUUUAAAACUGUUUAGUAGUGGGCUGGUUGGGCUGUUAUUCUGACGACAACUUCUCUUAAUUAGUAAACGGUCCACCCCAGACAGCUUUCCACUUAUUAAUGUACUCAUUGUUUUGUUUAGGUAUCUUAAUAAAUUAAACAUCUUGGAUAAUUGUGAUUGUUUUUAAUGGCUCACAAUAUAUUGUUUUUAAUUUAAAAUGAAAAUAAGCUAUGCAAUAUUUAACAUUAAAAUCACUGCUUUUAUAGAAUAGCCUUUUAACCGUGUCUGGAUUGUAAUGCAUGCUUAACACAAUAAUAAAUGAUUUCAUAUAAUG